CCGAGAGAACACAUACACACGAGAGAGAUAGAGAGAAGAAAAGAGAGAGAGAGAGAGAACAGAACAUUGCCACUACAGAAGGAGACUGACAGAAAGAGAGACGGAGAGGGACACGACACAAGAGACAAGUGGACGAGGCAUCCGUGAUGGACAUGUCUGAGCGUUGGAGGGGCGUUGCAGGGCUUCUCUCCCCAUCAGACAGCACCGAUGACUGGGGGUGGGACACCAGCUGGGCCCCUAAGCUCCUCCGGGAGUCCCUCAGGGCCAGCAGUCCCCUCUCGCUGGCCGACCUGGAUGGGUGGGGGACGAGGUCGCACCUCAAACCUCAGAACUCGGCGUGGAGUUUUGCUGGAGACUUUCCAGGUUUGGGCCAUCGGACCAAAAUCAGUACCAGUUCACCAGGUGGCCAUGGCAGGCUGCAGUACAAAGACCCGUCCGGGAUGCGGCGUUGGCAGUCCGCAUCUCGCCUGGCCCCUGAUGGUGCCCCACGGUCAUCCACGCCCACCGUGGGCUCAGAACUGCGGACGGCACUGGAGCAGAGCGGGCGACGGCGGUCGGAGUUGCUUGACCGUCUACGGGAGGCCCAGCGGCGCCUGGAUACCCAGACGGACCUCCUGAAGGCCAGAGACUCCGAGCUGCAGCAAAACCUGAACACCACACAGCGUCUGGAGCUCAAACAGAAGCAGCUGGCCGGGGCGCUGAGCACCCUUGAGCAGAAGAAGGAUGAGGCCGAGCUGAGUCGAUUUGAGGAGAGCCAUCACCGUGGAGAACUGCAGGACAAGGUUCUGCAGCUGGAGUUGGAUAUGCUGAAGUUGAAGUCUGCCCUGGGAAGGGAGGGUUACACUGAGCACACACCUCUCACACCCCACAUCCCACUGAGCAGGACGCUGCCUGUCACCCAGCAGGAUUUUCACAAGGAGGGGGACCGUCAGGUGGAGAGGGAGCUGAGCCGCCUGAGGGAGGCACUGAAGGAGGCCGAGCAGAGAGCGGAGCAUCAGGAGCACGAGCACGAGCAGACGCUGCAGAAACUACACACAGCUAAAGAGGCCCAGCUGAGUGCCCUAAGGCAGGCUGAGGAGCUGAACCAGACCCUGGGUCGGUCCCGCAGGGCCCAGUCGGAACUGGAGGAGGACCUAAGCGACGCCCGCAGCCGAUUGGGCCAGCUGGAGCUGGAGCGAGGCCUGAUGUCCACUAAAGUCCAGCGGCAGGAGGACAGCAUGGAGGACCUGAGGGCUCGACUCACUACCGCCCUCUCCGACAAAGACCGUCUGGUGCAGGAGAAGGCGGAGCUACACCAGCGGGCGCAGGGCCUACAGCUGCAGCUGGAGCGGGCAGAGAGGGGGCGCGAGGGCUUCACAGACCAGGUGUGUGAGCUCCACACGGAGCUCGCCCAGGCCAAGACGAACGCCAGCCAACACCAGCGCCAACGCGUGCUCAUGGAGGAUGAAGUCCACACAGCCAGACAGCUGAGUGAGAAGUUGACCUCUGACCUUGAGACGGCGAGACAGAGAUUGGAGGUCACCUUGAGCCAGCUGCAUCACCGGGAGGCGGAGAAGGUCAUCCACACCAAUCAGAUCGCGGCUCUGGAGGCUGAGCGCACACAGCUAAUUGGAGAGAAGGAGGAGCUUAUGAGCUCUGUCCACUGUCAGGGUCAGGAGGUCACGGUAGAGGAACACCUGGAGGUCAUGAAGGAGCUGAGGGACAGGCUCCUAACUCUCAGUGAAUCCCAGGAUGCCUUGCAGCAGAAGAAGGAGGAGCUUGAGGCCUGUUGCCAAGGUCUGGAGGAACAGGCCUCAGUGAGAGAGGCGGAGCUACAGAGGCAGAUGGAGGAGAGGCAGCGGCUGGAGGCGGGGUUAUCUAAGGAGAAGGAGGAGCUAAAGAGGCAGGAGGCAGGGUUUUCUGUGGAGAGGGAGGAGCUGAAGAGGCAGGCCACCCACUGGAAUGGGAGGUGGGAGGAGGUGGCCAUGAAGCUCCGCCUCACGCAGGCAAAGCUGGAGGAGUCGCAGAGGGAGCACGAGCAGGAGGCCUGCAAACUGAGGGAGGAGGCCACUGGAAUGUCACAGUCUGUCAGGACCCUUCAGACCGAGCUGCAGAGAAGCAAAGAUGAUGUUAGCCAUCUCCUCAAGCAGAAAGCUCAAGUUGAAGAUGCCAUGGAGAAACUCAAGAGCCAUGCUGACCAGAGCCAUGCUGACGCCCAGCUGAGGGCCGAGGUGGAGACGCUCAAACAGCAGCUGAAGAACGAGAGACUCAGGAGUCAGAGGGAGCGGCAGGAGCAUACAGACAGUCAGGUGUCUCUAGAGCAGGUGGAUCGUGAGCUGGCGCAGGUGAGGGUGGAGCUUGAGCAGGUGUGGGACAUGCUCCGCCUCCGAGACUCAGCACUAGAGGAGCAGCAGCAGGAGCUGCAGUCGGCAAGGAGCCAGGCGUCUCAGCACAGCUGUGAGGUGGAGAGACUGAGACAGCAGUUGGCAGACAGGGAGCAGGAACUUAAAGACAGGGAACGUGCUCAGGGCAGUGUGGAUAGGCAGAGAGAGACGGAGAGAGUUGAGGCCCAGAGGACCAUCACAGCACUACAGCACCAGCCUGAGUUAAGCAGGUCCAGUGUGAGAGGGCAGGAGGCUGGUGAGGAGGCUGCUGGAGAGGUGGAGUCCCUAAGAGCCCAGCUGGAGGAAACUAGGAAGCGAUCCGAACAGCUCCAGCAGGAGAGAGACCAGGCGGUGCAAAAGCUGCGGAGUCUGAAAGAGGUCCUCCAGAACAAACCUGAGAGAGGCCCCCCCUCUGAGAGCAGGAGGGAGAAGAUGGCGGCACCUGCUGACCCUGACCAGCAGAGGAGACUGGUCACUGAGCAGCUGAAGAGCCUGUUUAAGGAGCGGGAGCAGCUCAGUGGACAGGGGUCAGACAGGUCACCUGGCGCCCACACACGGGCAGGCUCACCACAAAGGUCAAGGGUCAUCAAGGGGGCGCUGGAGAAGAGGCUGGAGCGGGAGCUGUUCCAGGACUCAGAUGACCAGCAGGGGGCAGCACAGACUUCAAACACUGGACAGUAUGGAGGAGAGGGACCUCAGGAACAGAUGUCCGCCGUGAGUGCGAUGUGUGUGGGUGUCAGCGGUCUAGAACACCAACGCAACAACCUCCUCAGAGCCACAGUGAAGUUCCGUGAGGUCCCAGCAGCAGAGAUUCGAAACCAUGGCAACACCCCGGCAGCCAUUCUUUUGUCAUAUCAGGACUGUGGCCAUGAUGAAGAGAGAAACACACACUCCCACGGCGAGGACGGAGCGUAUCUGGCCACACAGGUGUGUGUGUGUGACUCCCAAGAGGAGGAAGAGGAGGAGGAUGAGGAUGAAAAGAAGAUGAUGGAGGAAAAGUAACUAAUCAGCAAAUGAGACUAUCUUCUUAAUAACUCAAGUUUUUUUUAAUGACUAAAUUGUUUUUGGUGUUUGAGAGAGGUGAUGAGCUCCGUUUCAACAGCAUGUUGAACUGACACUAACCCGGGUCUAGCACAGUGGCAUACUAACCUGGGUCUAGCACAUUGGCAUACUAACCCGGGUCUGGCACAGUGGCAUACAUCUAAUCAGGACUUGGAGUUUGAUGGAAACCAUGCAGCACAGCAUGCUUAAUAUGUGUGAGAAUGACACACGUUAACACACGACACACACACACACACACGCACGCACGCACGCACACACACACUCUCACUCACACACACACACACACACACACACACACACACGCACACACGCACACACACACACACACAUAUUUAGGCUAGAUUUGAGCCCCAGUCACAACUGUGUGACAUUGUGAGAAAGACGAGAGGGUUGACCUCAAGCCUACUACAUACUCGCCGUUCCCGACCUGUAGCGCAACAAUGUGACGUCAUGUGUGUCCACUAGCUCUAGUAAAUGUGUGAUGUGAAGCUUGUCUUUGUCCUUGUCUUUUUGGGGGGCCUGAUCCGUAGACAGAUCUAUAACAUAAUGUCAUCUUAUCAGCAAGAGGCCAGUGGGAUAGGCUGUUUCAGAGUUACUGCUGCCUUACCACUAUAUACACUACACUAUACUACACUACGAUAUACUAUAUUAUACUGUUCUACACUAUACUAUGAAUACUUGCCCAACUGCCCCCCCCCCCAACACACACACACACACACACACACACACACAGAGUAAUAUAUUUCCUUUGGAAAAAGCAAUAUUUGAUAGUCAGUAAUUUCUUUUUCUUUGGAAAUACAGUAAUUUCUGUCUUUGGCAAAAUCAGCUUUUUUAAAACUCCAUGUACUGUACAUCUGGUGGUCAUUGUAUUUUGCUUCUUUUUUCUUGUUGGCUAUAAAAUAAUGUAUUCACAA